GAUCCUCACACUUCAGCUCUCUACUUCCGCGAGUCCACUUCAGUUUAUCUUCACAUUUUAGAUCAAGGUUUUCCCUUUCCGUCGCCAGCACCAUGACACAUGCCUCCUCAAUGUAAGAUUUCACCCAGAUUUGAAGAACAUUAAACCCUAGAACCACAGAGCCAAACAAAUGUACGGUGCAAACCUAGAAUCACACGGAAAAAAGGAGGUAUCCAAAGUAAAAUUUGAAGAACAUUAAUGGGUUUGUCGAUACAUUACCUGUUUCUCGCCGCAGAUUUGGUGGGUUUUUUUUCUUCAUCAUGGUGUGGAGUCCUCUCGUCGCGGAUCUGGAACAAAGGAUCAGAGGAUGAGCCGAUGGGAAAAUCACGGGGAUGAGCCGAUGAGGAUUAAGGGAGGGGGGAGAUGAAGCACGGUGCGUUGGGUUUCUGGAGAUGAAGCACGGGUUUAAAAGAGCUGCAGAUUUCGAGGGGGAAAUCACAAUGCAUGUGAGGGGAAUGAGAGAAUCACAGAGAAGAAGAAGAAGAAGAAGAAGACGACUUAGAGAAUUUGGGGUUUUCGAAAUCGUCAGGGGAUUUUUUGCGAUUCACGGAGAAGAAGAAGAAGAAGAAGAAGAUUCAGGGCUUUGUGAGGAAAGUUGAGGGAUUUACAGUGAAGAAGUUGGAUUAGAGAAGUGAGGGGAUUGAGGGUUGAAACCCAGAAGCAGUUUGGGUUUUCCGUCGAAGCACACCUCCGAAUUCGAGACCGACUGAGGGCUUCGGGGAGUGUGGCUGGGGCAAGGAACCGGUUCGUUGAACCCGGUCCGGUCUGCCAUGUCAGAGCGAGAAAGAGAUCAUACAUAUGGCUGCAAGGUACAAUGUCGAUCCCCCAAUUCCCGCUGCAGAAUACUACAGUGGGUUGAUGCAAGCAUAUCUGGAUCAACUCCAAGUCGACCUGCGUCGUCAGCUUCAACAACAACGACACCAAUCAACAGAAGACGAGCCAAACCAGGCGGAGAAAGGACCUGUCCAACAAAUCAGUACCACUAUUACUACUGAUGAUUCUGCAUCAUCCACCUUCAGUGAUGAUGAGGAGGCCUUCUUGAAGGAGCAUGACGAUGAGGCAGAUUAUUCAUCAGGAGAUUAUUCAGAAGGAGAUUCUUCAGAGGGAGAUUAUUCAGAAGGAGAUUCUUCAGAAGGAGAAGAUUAUUCAGAUGGAUAUCCCUUCACUAGCCUGGUGGUCUCGGUCCUGGCAGAGUUAGGAAUUUAUCUUAGUGACGACGAAUUAGAUGAAUUAGAUGACUAAUUAAUCUAAGUAAAAUUAUAGAUUAAUUAGUUAUAAUAAAUAGAUUAAUGAUAUUUUUUUUUCUCUCAUUCAAUGAAAAAAUUUCAUUGCCAUUGUCAUUCAUGUAUGUACGUUU